GUAGAGAACAGUUGGAAUGUAAUUGUUUGUGGCCCUGACACUUAAACACUAUGUUUACUCUCUUACUUUUGAUAAACACUCUUCUUGUGCAAGUUCCUUUUUCAUCAGUGGUGUUCGGUCUGAAACUGACAGCACUUAACGUACCUUCCGGAGUAAAACAGGGCGCCCCCGUGUGGCUAUAUUGUGGAUAUGACCUGGAGGAAGAUGACCUUUACUCAGUGAAGUGGUACAAGAAUCAUGUGGAAUUUUAUCGCUACUUGCCCAGUGAUGAACCACCUGGACAAAAAUAUGAUCUUCUGGGUGUACACAUCAACUUAAACAAGUCCAACCAAACCCACGUAUACCUAGAAAAAACUGAUCUCAACAGCGAAGGAUCCUAUGGAUGUGAGGUGUCGACUGAAGCGCCCUCUUACAGGACCGUGAAAGCAGAUAAAGAUAUGAACGUGUAUGUUUUGCCCGAGGGGAAGCCUACAAUAGAUGGAAUAGACCGGAUGUACGAGAUUGGUGAUCACGUAAACUUGACCUGUGUUUCCAGACCUUCAAAACCGGCAGCAGUGUUGUCCUGGACAAUAAAUGGUCGACCGGUUGAUGAACGCUUCUUGACACCCAUGCAAACUGAGCGCUAUCUUGACGGAUUGGAAAGCACCAUCUUAGGUCUACAAUUCCAAGCAAACUUCAACAAUUUUAACCAAGGUGUGAUGAAAGUACGCUGUAUGGCUACUAUUUCGCAAGACUACUGCAGUCACAGUGAAAAAACGGUGAUUGGAGAACGACUGAAGGCAACUCCUGAUCAAAUCAUUAACUUGACUAUAGGAGAAAUUAAAUUAAACAGGUUUAUCAAGCUCGCUGUGGUUCUUCUAUUUCCAAUGCUACACACGAGUUUUUACCUUUUUAUUAUUGAUGAACCACUGCAAUUCAGCAGGUCUGGCAUCUAUUGCCGAUGUGCAGUUGACAUCAACAACAUCGCCCACGUGGCUAGACCUGACUACGUCAUCAGAUACCCUAACGUCAACUAUGUGGGUGGAAUGGUAGCUUCUGUGCUAGGCCUCAAGUUUCGUGUUCAACAAAAUCACUUUCUUUCUGAAGGACUUCGUCUCAAAUGCACCGCUACAGCUUCCAGAGUCAUUGGCACUAACAGCAGAGAAGCUACGGUUGGUAACCUUCGACAAAGUUCGGGUCUACACGUAUCAGAAAACAGAGGCUCCGUUUUGAACAAGAGCUCCGGCUGUUACGUCCAUGUUUGGCUUUUCUGGUGUUUGGUGGCGCUACAUUAUUCUGUGACGGACUAGUGUGCCACUCGACACUUUCAAAAACAGGACAGCGACUGCAGUGUCUGUGUGUUUUUCUUUUUUUACGUAGUGACAAUUUCGGUAGCCGUCACUAUGAAAAGUCAGCCAAAUGGAGCUACAUCUGCAGGAACGCUGCGUAAAAGAGAAUCGGGUUGCUGUUUGAUGUCAUCUUAAAAAUACCUACAUUAUUAAGCCGCUAAUCCAGUAACCUUCAACAAAAUGUUAGCAGCGAUUGGCCUCGGAGAAAACUUCCAUGUGACAGGAGUAUUGUGAUAUGGUCGUUUGUGUUUUUGUGUUAACUUCACAUCUCAAUUAACAGCUCGUGUAGAAGUAGUAAAAAAACGACCCGCCCCAAACCCACAAUCCUGUAAGCACGCUCUAUGGGGAUUUCUGUGAUACGUAGAGUUUAUUUUCUAAGAUUUCGCUACUUGUAACAGAAAUCAUGCACACCUCUAAUGAGUUAAAUCGUUGUUUUCAAUUCACCUGUGUUCUAGCUUUAGUGUAAAUGCUUGUCCAAACCCCGAAUUGAUGUAGCCAUUUAACUACUUAUAUACUGUAAAUUAUAAAGUUUUUUCCCGAACUUUCUAUUACCAAUGUAAAGCUCUAUCUAAGAAUAAGUACGAAACAUGUACAAACAACAGCAACAAAUAAACAAGGUUGUAAAAACUUCAA